GGCGGCGGCGGCGGCGGCGGCGAGGAGCUGUGCCUCCACCUCUCCAGCCCCGGCAGGACGGGGGCGGCCGCCGCGGGCCCGGGGCGGGGACAGCACGCAGCCUCGCAGCGCACACCCCCGCCCGGCAGCGGCCCCGACACCCGGGGCGAGCGGGAAAGCGGCGGCGGCGGCGGCGGCGGCGGGGGAAGGAUGCAGGGGAAGAAGCCGGGCGGCUCGUCGGGCGGCGGCCGGAGCGGCGAGCUGCCGGGGGACGAGGGGCAGAGGAACAAGAAGAAGAAAAAGAAGGUGUCCUGCUUCUCUAACAUCAAGAUCUUCCUGGUGUCCGAGUGCGCCCUGAUGCUGGCGCAGGGCACGGUGGGCGCCUACCUGGUGAGCGUCCUGACCACCCUGGAGCGGAGGUUCAACCUGCAGAGCGCCGACGUGGGCGUGAUCGCCAGCAGCUUCGAGAUCGGGAACCUGGCGCUCAUCCUCUUCGUGAGCUACUUCGGGGCGCGCGGGCACAGGCCGCGCCUCAUCGGCUGCGGCGGUAUCGUCAUGGCCCUGGGCGCGCUGCUGUCGGCGCUGCCCGAGUUCCUGACCCACCAGUACAAGUACGAGGCGGGUGAGAUCCGCUGGGGCGCCGAGGGCCGCGACGUCUGCGCCGCCAACGGCUCGGGCGGCGACCAGGGCCCCGACCCGGACCUCAUCUGCCGCAGCCGGACCGCCACCAACAUGAUGUACUUGCUGCUCAUUGGGGCCCAGGUGCUCCUGGGCAUCGGUGCUACCCCCGUGCAGCCCCUGGGCGUCUCCUACAUCGACGACCACGUGCGGAGGAAGGACUCCUCGCUCUACAUAGGAAUCCUUUUCACGAUGCUGGUAUUUGGACCAGCCUGUGGAUUUAUCCUAGGCUCUUUCUGUACCAAAAUCUACGUGGAUGCAGUCUUCAUUGACACAAGUAACCUGGACAUCACUCCGGACGACCCCCGCUGGAUUGGAGCCUGGUGGGGCGGCUUUCUGCUCUGCGGUGCCUUACUCUUCUUCUCUUCCCUCUUGAUGUUCGGGUUUCCACAGUCUCUGCCCCCACACUCAGACCCUGCCAUGGAGAGCGAGCAGGCCAUGCUCCCCGAAAGAGAAUAUGAGAGACCCAAGCCCAGCAAUGGGGUCCUGAGGCACCCCCUGGAGCCGGACAGCAGCGCCUCCUGCUUCCAGCAGUUGAAAGUGAUCCCGAAGGUCACCAAGCACCUGCUCUCGAACCCUGUGUUCACCUGCAUCAUCCUGGCCGCCUGCAUGGAGAUUGCAGUGGUGGCUGGCUUCGCUGCCUUCUUGGGGAAGUACCUGGAGCAGCAGUUUAACCUUACCACCUCUUCUGCCAACCAGCUGCUCGGGAUGACUGCAAUCCCAUGUGCCUGCCUGGGGAUCUUCUUGGGCGGUCUCCUGGUGAAAAAGCUCAGUCUUUCUGCCCUCGGGGCCAUUCGGAUGGCCAUGCUUGUCAACCUGGUGUCCACAGCUUGCUAUGUCUCCUUCCUCUUCCUCGGCUGUGACACAGGCCCCGUGGCUGGGGUUACUGUUCCCUAUGGAAACACCUCAGCGCCGGGCUCGGCCCUGGACCCCUACUCGCCCUGCAAUAAAAACUGUGAAUGCCAAACCGAUUCCUUCACUCCAGUGUGUGGGGCAGAUGGCAUUACGUACCUGUCUGCCUGCUUUGCUGGCUGCAGCAGCACGAAUCUCACCAGCUGUGCGUGCCUCACGACUGUCCCACCCGAGAACACGACUGUGGUUCCCGGAAAGUGCCCCAGUCCCGGGUGCCAAGAGGCCUUCCUCACCUUCCUGUGUGUGAUGUGUGUCUGCAGCAUGAUCGGGGCAAUGGCGCAGACACCCUCGGUCAUCAUCCUUAUCAGGACAGUCAGCCCUGAACUCAAGUCUUACGCCCUGGGAGUCCUGUUCCUCCUCCUUCGUUUGUUGGGCUUCAUCCCCCCUCCCCUCAUCUUCGGGGCCGGCAUCGACUCCACCUGCCUGUUCUGGAGCACCUUCUGCGGGGAGCAAGGCGCCUGCGUCCUGUAUGACAACGUGGCCUACAGAUACUUGUACGUCAGCAUCGCCAUCGUGCUGAAGUCGUCCGCCUUCGUCCUCUAUACGACCACAUGGCAGUGCCUGAGGAAAAACUAUAAACGCUACAUCAAAAACCACGAAGGCGGGCUGAGCACCAGUGAGUUCUUUGCCUCUACUCUGACCCUAGACAAUCUGGGGAGGGACCCUGUGCCCGCAAGCCAGACCCAUAGGACAAAAUUUAUCUAUAACCUUGAAGAUCAUGAGUGGUGUGAAAACAUGGAGUCCGUUUUAUAGUGACGAAAGGAGGUUGAACUCUGUAUUAGUAAUCAAAGGGUCAUUUUUCCUAAAAAAAAAAAAAGUUUCCCAAAAAAAAAAAAAAACCCACAAACUCAGUACAGACACACACACACGUACACACAACACGUACACACAACACGACCUUUGUCCUCUUUCUCAAAAUCAGAGCCAGACAGGAUUCAGAAUAAGGAGAGCAUGGGACCGUGUGUUUGUCGUCCGACCUGCUGGGGCCCAGAGUCUACUCUUUGAAGGCACCUCAUGCUUUUUCGGGAUGCCAACAGCUGCAAGCAACAGGCACUGCCAAAUUCAGGGAACAGUGGUGGCCAGCUUGGAGGAUGGACGUUUCUGGAUAUACAUACACAUACAAAACAAAUUUUUUUUAAAAGUCUACUAAACAUCACAAGUUGACAACCAGGAUAAGCACUAGGGACACACACCCCGUGCUACCUGCCUCCUCCACGUGGGGGUGGGGAGCAUGCAAGUUGGAGGAGCGGGUGCUCCCUCCUCUAACUUUCGCAAUAUGGGUCACUGUGUAGACGACUCACCCAGUCUGCAUGUGGUUCAAGGCCCCCGAGUUCUCUCAGCGAUGCUAAUGGGUGAUCCGUGCUGGAGUCUAAUUGGCACCUCUCACCAGCUCCAUGUUCAUGUUCAAGACUGAGGGCCCGAGGGGGGAGCCGGGCGUGGGGAGCCAGCACCUCACCUCCCCCCCCCACCGCAGCGCCCCCCAGCCCCGCAGAGUGACCUCAGGAAGCGGUGGGCCUCGCCUGGCUAUGACUGACUUCGCUCAGAGCCGGUGAAACCCACACAGUCCAAGUCAUUUGCUUACAUUUGCCAAACAUUUUACCAUUUUUAAAGGAAAAAAAAAAAAACGCAAUGCAUAUGAAUUUCAAACUGUUGUAUGUAUAAUCCUCUAAUACUAUUUUUAACCACUUCUAAAAUCCGUGUUAACCCUUCAAUCACUAACACAGUUCUCUAGGCUGAGUUUAUUAUGCUGGUUGCUUUUUCCUUUCCUCCUCUUUUUAAUGCACCAAAAAUAUAAUGUGAUUCAAGGGAUGCAAUUAAUCUAUUGUAAUUUUUUUUUUUUUAUCGUUUUAUCCUCAUUCGGAUAUUCUGCGAAAACAAGAAUAUACCAUGUGCUACGGGAAGAAAAAAAAAAUUCUUGGGAAAGAGUAUCUAUGCAGCCUGCCUUUAAAGGAAUCACAUUUGAGACAACAGGGGAUAAUGUGAUGAAUUGCAAAUUCGCCUUCUGGCUUUAUUCCCCGUGAUUCAGUGAUCACUGUCAUGGGAAGCCCUUUUAUAUUCAUGCUUCACGUUCCAAGAGGCGUUCUUUUCAGCCCGUGGAGGAGACACGCUUAGAUGUGGGUUGUGUGGAUGGGUGCGGUGCUUCUGGGGGUAGGCAAGAGAAGGAAUGGUCCCCUAGCAUGAGCUCUCGAGCAGUUUGUGGGGUCUGUGAUGGUGAAUAGACCCACAGGGUCGCGGGAGCCACCGUGUGUCUGAUGCAUUAAAAUGUCACUGUUUUUAGGGUCAGUCUUGAACGAAGGGGCCUCGGUCUGUGUUUUGAAAGUGGUUAACCCUCCAGCAGCUGGCAGGCAAACCUCCUUGUUUGGGAGGAGAAUCGUGGGCGCAGCUUUUGGGGUCAGCAGCCUCAGCCUCAUGAGGCCAUUCCCCGGAAGGGGACAGGGCUUAUGGGAGAGCCCGCACACACGCACGCACACAUGGCCCAGUUAACGUUCCUUUCGUGUUUUCUCAGUGACCUUGGUCCAGGCCACUCAUGGCCCCGAGAAAGAUCUCAAGGUUUGUUCUUUGGUUUGCCUUUUCACCUGAGACACAGAUGUGCAGUUCCCCCGGAGGGCAACAAAAGAAUCAGGAAUGAAAAGAGCGGGGAGAAGACCGGACUCUUGUGCCAAAUUUCUCACACAUACUGUAAAUGGGGUAGUUUAAGUGACAGCCCGAAACUAGAGAAAGCCCCACCGAGCAAGGACAACUCAAAGAGAAGCUUGUGUUGUGGUGUGGGGCCACCGUGAUCAGCUGCCUGGGACAGGAUGCUUCCAAAACCACCCUUCUGUGUGUUUACUUGCAGUCUGUCCUUGUCCAUGAACAUGGGGGCACUCAUCAGUAUGUUAACUAGUAAGAGGCGGGAUUGUUCUCCAACCAAUUCAUGAAAUAUGUAUACUCUGUCGCUCCUAAGGCUUUGAAACCAUUCUGUACAGGUUUGGGGUGAGUUUUGUUUUGAAAUGUGUUGCUAAUAGGUCACUGCCCUCUGCGUAGCUCUCCAAACUCAGUACACACACACUGAGCUCCGCUGACCUUGUGUUUUCAUGGGGCCAUUUGCUUUAAAAAGAAAAACGUGUUUUUUUUGAAAA